CUUUACUUCCGUUCAACUCUCAUCUAUUUCUCCACCUAUUCUCUUGCAGUGCAUAACGUGCUUUAUCUUGGCAGCGUAGAAGUCGAUCGUUUAGAGGACGCUGCUGCUGUACGACGCGCCGUUUCGCAGUUAUUUGCGAUUGCAGCCAAUCUGCCACGUGGGCUUACUAAGCGGACGGAUGCUGCUAUUAAAGUCGUCCCAGGUGAAGGUAUCACCAUAUACGACAGAACACGUAGAGGCUUCGUCAAAAAGACACUUCGUCCUUCUCAGAUUCUCUGGUGUGGCCUUGAUCCAGAGAAUAGAGAGUUCAAUGAUGACGAAUUGAAGUCAAGAGGCAUACAUGAUGCAAAGUAA